AUGAAGAAAAAUUUACAGCAGCAAGAGGCUUCUACCGUUUCUCUUAAGAACACAUUUGACAACAAAGAAAAGGAGUUGGAAAAACUAAGACAAGAUUUUAGCUCAUAUAUUAACUUCGUUCAAACAAAGAUUGGAGAAAUUCAAGCGCUACCUAGAGAAAUAAUCCGCACCGUUAACCAACAUGAUCCAAUAGAAGAUGACACAAUAAUAUUUUCAGCAGAUGAAAUUGAGUCGUCGCAAAAUGUGCCAAAUCAUACCAUGAUUAACAAACAACCUAAAAGAGAGAUCAAGAGACCUCUUCAAUUUGGAAAGAGCCAGUCAAAGUUGCUGCUUCCACUCAACUCCACUAAGAAAAAUUUAGUAGAGCCAAGCAAAUCAAAGAAUGAUGAAUACAAGGAUUACGAAAAUCUUUCUGACGAGGAUUUUGAGAUUUGA